AAACCGUGGAUCUAUUUACAUGAAUUACUGUGCUGCGAGGCGUCUAUACCAUAGUUUAUGUUCAAUGAAGCGUGUACAUGUACACAUGAGGAUCUUUAAACAAGAGUGUACACAUGGGGAUCUUUAAGAAAACAACAACAAAUAAAAACAAUAAUAAUUAGGGAUUUGUGGCAGUACAUGUAUAUCGAUUAUUGUGUGUUCAUUCAUCGAUCUGACCAAUUCACACAGCGGAGACGUCUUGCUUCAUACGGCCGCCAUUUAAAGCCUGGAGAAAUAAUGGCGUAGCAGCGGGAUUUCUUAUGUCUACAUUAUAUCUAUGAACAUACCAAAACAACAAUAGAACAACAAAACAAACCCAACAAAAAUGGUUGCCGGACUACCUGCGCAGUUCCUGUUGCUAACCUGGAAGAAUAUUCUUCUCCAGAGACGGAAGAUCUGUGUGACGGUCUUUGAGAUUUUGCUACCUUUGGUCUUUCCAAUAGUGCUGGUCAUAAUAAGAAAUCUUGCUAAUUUGGAGCCAAAGCUUGAAGAAGCGACCACUUAUGAAAAAGAGCGUAUAUACUUUUACAGUUCUAAUCAAGAAAUUCUGUAUGCUCCGAACACAACUGUGAUAAGUGGAAUUAUGAACGAGACCUUUUCCAUCUUGAAAGACAAAUAUACUUUGUAUUCAACUUCAAUGAAAGGAUUUGCAACGGAAGUGGACCUUCUAAGUUACCUGAACCAACCGGACGAAAAUGACAACGGUUACCAAUGGUAUAACAGCAGAACAGCAGUAGUCUUUGACCCGUCGAAUACUUAUGAGUUAGUCUUACCCGAUGAUGUAACAUACAAGCUUAGAAUAGACCAAGAAAUGGACACAGAAUCCACGUAUCCCAACAAGGAUCUUAACCCGGGUCCAAGCUGGAAGCAAAAUUAUAAUGGCAGAUUUUUGGGGCUCAUGUAUGGCAUUGAUUCAGCAAUUAUCAAAUACUUUAAUCCAUCCGCUGACUUAAAGGACAUUAUGAUCAUGAAGAUGCCAUAUCCUGCCUAUUAUACCUACUACAUGGGCAACUUUAUCAGAUACUUUGUUGCUGUCACUCUGGUGCUGGGACUGAUCUUACCCACACUGCAGCUGACCAAAGAAAUUGUGUAUGACCGCGAGAAGAAAUUAAAAGAAACGCUAAGGAUGAUGGGACUUAGUUCCUUUGUUUACUGGUUCUCCUGGUUUUUCAAAGGAUUUAUCUACUUAACUGUCACGUUCGCAAUCACUGUCAUCAUCAUUCAAUCAGGAACUGCCAAAAUUUUUGACUUCUCGGAUUCCUCCUUGAUUUUCUUCUUUUACCUGUCAUAUGGCGUGUCGGUUGUGGCUUUCUGCUUUCUUUUUAGCAGUUUCUUCAACAAAGCCAACACAGCAUCGUAUUUUUGCGCGUUCUUUUAUUUCGUCACUCUGAUUCCUCAUUUCGGGUUGGACUCGAAGUAUGCUGACAUGACGAGAUCACAGAGAAUGGCUCUAUGCUUGUUGAACAACUUGGCAAUGGCCACUGGAUUUACGUCAAUCGCUGAAUAUGAAGCAAUAGGAAAAGGUGUUCAGUGGAACACUUUUACCAAACCUCCAACCGUUGACGGAACCUUCACGUUUGGUGACGCCAUCUUGAUGCUUUGGAUUGAUAGCGCCAUCUACUUCCUGCUCACGUGGUACAUUGACGGUGUCAGGCCCGGAGAAUAUGGUGUUCCUCAACCAUUUUAUUUUCCUUUCACGAAAACAUACUGGUGUGGAGGAAAACAGAUUCAGGAAACGUCGAGCGUAGAAGUUAAUCAUGAUCCCAAGUUCUUUGAGAGUGACCCACAGAGACUCAGUGUUGGCAUCAGCAUGAACAAUCUUCGCAAGGUAUACAAAUCAGGCAUGAAAGAGGUAGUUGCCGUAGAAGGAACUUCGCUCAAUAUCUAUCAAGGCCAAAUUACCGCCCUUCUCGGACACAAUGGCGCCGGAAAAACUACAACCAUGUCCAUGUUAACCGGAUUCAUACCAGCAACCUCGGGAUCUGCAAGAGUGAAUGGAUACAACAUAGAAACUGACAUCAGCAGUGUUAGAGGUAGUCUGGGCAUGUGUCCACAACACAACACUCUAUUUGACAACUUGACUGUAAAAGAACAAUUGGAAUUUUACUACAAGCUGAAAGGAUGCAACAGAAGCACAGUCGACCAUGAAAUAACAGAGACCCUGAAAGCGUUUAGCCUAGUGGGCAAGCAAAACGAUUUAGCAGGCACUUUGUCAGGUGGACAGAAGAGAAAAUUGUCUGUGGCAAUAGCACUCAUAGGCGGAUCAAAGGUUAUCAUUCUUGACGAACCAACCUCUGGCAUGGAUCCUGGGGCCAGGCGCCAGAUGUGGGACAUUCUUCAAAAGUACAAGGAGGACAGAACUAUAGUAUUAUCUACCCAUUUCAUGGAUGAAGCGGAUGUACUUGGCGAUCGUAUAGCUAUAAUGGCUGAUGGUGUAGUCAAGUGUUGUGGAUCGUCUCUGUUUCUAAAAAAGCUCUACGGUGCUGGUUAUCACUUGGUUAUUGUGAAGCUACCCAACUGCGAUGUUGUAAGUUUAAUGGAAGUCAUAAAAACGCACAUCCAAUCAGCUGACGUAGAACUAGAGGUUGGUGCUGAACUCUCAGUUCUUCUUCCAACUGACGAAUCUGCGAAGUUUGAAGAGUUGUUUGCAGAGUUGGAGCAAAACGGCCCAAAAUUAGGUGUGGGAAGUUUUGGAUUAUCAGCAACAACGAUGGAAGAAGUGUUUCUCAAAGUCGGAGACGAUAGGGCCAAGGUCAAUGUUGAGAAUGGUAAGGACGCAAGAGACGUUCAUCAGGUCAGACUGGAAAUUGACGAUCGUUCGACAUUUACACCACACAUGGCAGAUGCAAAUGUAGACAUUGAUUUUAACGAAGGAUUUGGAAAAAAUACAGGAAUAAUGGUUGCGACGCAACAAUUUUAUGGGCUUCUUGUAAAGAAAGCUGUACAUACGUGGAGAAGUCGAAUUACUGUCAUAAUUCAGCUGAUUGUUCCAGUCUUAUUAACAAUAUUUGGUCUUCUUGCCGACCAGGCCAUCUCAAAUUUAGCAUACCAUACAGAUCCUCCCCUGGCUUUAAAUCUGAAACCAUAUCCAAACAGUGUAACAACGAUCACACCUGGACCAAACCCAAGAAACGAUGCAGAAAAUUUGACACAGGCAUUCUCUCAAUGGUAUGGGAAAAGAGGACUCGAUGUGAUUGAAUACAAUCCAAAAUGGCCGAAAACGUUUGAGCUGAAUAAAUUCUGGCUCGAUAAGAUAGAAGAAUUAGGACAAAGAACAUUUAGGUCUCGCUACGUCAUUGGAUUUGGAGUUGAUGGCAGUGACAUCAUUAGCUACUUUAAUGGCGAGACUAUUCAUUCUGCUGGAAUAAGUAUGGCAAAUACAAUGAACUUCCUUCUGAAAUUUUAUUGCGGAGAUUCAAAAAACAUUCAUACUAUAAACGAACCGCUUCCUAAGCCCGAAAAUCUAAGAUAUUCCUCAAGGAGCACAGGCCUUGUAAUGUUUAAAGGUCUUAGUCUUGCUCAGUGUUUAUUAUUCGGAUUGUCGUGUCUAGUGGCUUCAUUUAGCGUGUUUCAUAUUCGAGAAAAGUCGUCUGGAGCGAAGCACUUGCAGAAAGUCAGUGGAGUCAGUUCCCGGGUGUUUUGGAUGGCGAAUCUAACUUGGGACAUGCUGCACUACUUAGUUCCGAUUUUCAUUAUUCUGAUUUGUUUUGCCGCCUUUGAUAUUCCAGCUUACGUCGAGGAAGACAGACUCGGACUUGUCUUUUUGUGUUUCUUGAUGUUUGGCUUAGCAUCUAUAUCGUCCAUGUAUCUAAUGCAUUUUAUUUUCCGAUCGCCUGCCGGUGGAACAGUGGCUAUUAUUAUUAUAAAUACAGUUGCAGGUCUUUUUACGCUCUUAACCGUCACUUUGCUGUACCCCCUUAAAGAAACGAAAAGUGCUGCCGAGGAUAUGGAUAAAGUUUUUACGCUCUUCUUCCCUCAUUACUGCCUCGGAAAGGCUUUUAUCAACAUUUAUGUUCGGUACACUUACAGAAUAAAUUGUGAGCAGCCGAACAAACAGGAUUUAGUGGCAAUGAUUUAUGCUGGAGAAACAAGUGUAUUGUGUCCAGACAGCAAUUACCUGGAGUGGCAAUACCCAGGGAUUGGCAAAUACCUGUGUAUGAUGGCCGUGCAGUUUGUCGUAUACAUGAUUCUAGUUAUUAUAAUAGAUAGUGGGGGAUUGCAACGUUUUCUCUAUCGAGCUCUUUGUAGUAAAGGGAGUAUUAACGACCCUGACAACGUCAUGGUUCAAGACUCUGACGUCAUAGAAGAGGCAAACCGAGUGAAUUCUACUCAAAUUGGAGACCUUAUGAAUACUGAUAAAUUGAUAAUUAAAAACUUGAGAAAAACGUAUGGAACAUUAAAUAAGUUUGAGGCUGUCAAAGAUAUCAGCGUUGGAAUAUCCAGACAAGAGUGUUUCGGCUUGUUAGGACAAAAUGGUGCUGGCAAAACGACAACAUUUAAAAUGCUUACUGGUGACGUCAUGGUUUCAACAGGGAAAGCUUACGUCAAUGGGUUCAGUGUCAAAAGCCAAUUAAGACAGGUUCAUCGGUGUCUUGGAUACUGUCCUCAGUUUGACGCACUAGUCGAAAAUAUGACUGGAAGAGAGACCUUAACUUUGUACGCCCGACUACGAGGGGUGAAGGAGAAAGAGAUACGUCGGGUGGUGAAUGAUCUACUUGACGCAGUUACUCUAAAGGAGUAUGCUAACAAACUCUGUGGAACUUACAGUGGUGGGAACAAAAGGAAAUUGAGCACUGCGAUUGCACUAGUUGGAGAUCCUCCAUUUCUGAUGCUGGAUGAACCGACAACAGGCGUGGAUCCUGCUGCUCGAAGACAGAUCUGGAAUGUAUUAUCAAAAAUCAGAGCAAGUGGAAGAACACUAGUCUUAACUUCUCAUAGUAUGGAAGAAUGUGACGCUCUCUGUACAAAAAUUGUCAUUAUGGUAAAUGGAAAAUUUGUCUGCUUUGGAAGUCCACAGCAUCUCAAAAAUAAAUUUGCCCAAGGAUAUACAUUAAGUGUACGUUUAGUACGUGACAAUGACGGAAACGCAAUGGAUUCUGGUCCUGUACGCAACUUCUUGUUUGGUGAAUUUCCAGGAACAGAAGUUUUUGAAGAUCAACAAGGAUAUCUAGAUUUCCAGAUUCCAAGUCCAAAUUUAUCCCUCGCAAAAUUGUUUAGGGAAAUGGAAAGAAAAAAAUCAGAAUUCGGAGUGGAGGACUAUUCUGUUCACCAGACUUCGCUAGAACAAGUUUUUCUGUCCUUUACUAGGAAACAGGUGCCUCCAAUAGAGAAGAAAAGCUCGUGUUCAUGUUGUUUCUGCUGUCGUUCAAAGCCUGGCUUUGCUGGGCGUAUCAUUACGCCAACAACUGGAGUAAACAAUACGGGACAGAUGAUCUUUGCACCCAGUACGCAAGUUGGAGGGGCGGCAAAUGUGUGAACUGAACGGUUUUGAUAUCGAUAAUAACGAAUAUUGCACUGGUAUUUCUGAUUAACAGUGGCUCGUUGAAUAUCAGAACAGUGUGACUGUUUUUGUCUGCAAGAAUGUUUUAAAUAUACAUGCUAGCUUAUAUUUUUUUUUGAAAAUUUACAGUGUUACCGGUAUUUGUAUUCAUUUGCAGAAAUUUAUAGAUUUCUUUUUGUUUUGGGACAGAUUGGUAUUCGAAAGAGGUCAGAAAACAGUAAUUUUAUAUGAUUUGUAAAUCUUAUGUACCAUUAAGCCCUUUAACCGAUGUUUUAAAUAAUAACAUACUUUGCGUUAAAUCAGAAUGAUAAAGUAAUAUGUAUCUAACAUUUGUGUGAUAUAUUCUAUGGAAUGAAAAAAAAACUACUUUUAUUUUUCACAUUGUUUUUUUUUCUUUCACGCAAUAUCUUAACAAGGCUUUAUAAGUUCCAAAUUGAUUUGUUUUCAUUCAAGACAUUUUUAAGACUUUGGCAAAUCAAUAAUUUUACUUAAAAAUUCUUUUUUAUGG